UCCAUCCCCGCUCACCUGGCGGUACCUGCCAGGAGGCUCUCUGGGCGCCAGCGGGGGCCGGAGGCACCUGUCGGGGCAAGAACUCAUUUAGAUAAUAUUUAAAGUCCUCACUGCAGGGGGAGGGGUGCUCCCAUCCCACCCCCACCGCUCAGAGGGUAGGGAAGGGUGUCCCUUUGAGGAGACAUCGCCGGAAGAGGAGAACGAAGAGGUUGAAAGAAGGACAAAAGUGAGGCGCAACGACCCCCUCGCUGGCUACCUGCAGGGUCUUCCAGUCCAUUAUGGGGCGGGCUAUGCCCUUGCUCGGGCUCCAGUCCAGGCUGCGGUCCCUCCCUACGGCGCACCCAAGCCAAUCCGAAGGGGGAGAAGAGAGCAGCCUAGGGGCCGUUCCUGCCAGUCCCGGGGUGGGAUUGUAGGAUGAGGGAUCCGCAUUGCAGGUGCACCAGGAGCGCCCAAGGGCCUGGCCCUGCUUUGUCUGGGAUGCUGUGGGGAGGAGGCCGUCGGAAUCCACAUCGCCUUUUUAAAAGCGUUUUUACCACCCAGUGGAUGUUAGAGAUCCUCCCAGAUAAGUUGCAUUGUCUCCUGUCCUGAUAACCCUUUACGGGUCACACCCUAGAAGAGGAGGGGAAAGCCAGCUGAAAAGCAUCGUUGGGCACGCACAUCACUGCUGUUUCACUCAGAUGGGAGCUGCUUCACAUCCUCCCACAACCAGCAAGAAGAGUGCCCCAUGUGAUCUGAGGUACCAUCCUUCCCAUUAUGAAAAAUGGGAGGAAAAACAAAUUCCAUGUGCUCCCAGCUGACCAGUAAAGUCACCAGAGUUGGAUCAACCAGAAGAAGCUGAAACACCUAACCCAAGAAUUUUGGACUUCAAAUGGAAAAUCUGGGUGCUCUAAACCAAAAUUGCCAAGUUCCAAAACUGUGGCCACAUGCACAGGAAGCUCACAGAAAGGAAGCUUUUUAAGAAGUGGAUAGUCUAUGUUGGGACUCUCAGAGCAGUAGAUGGAAGAUCAAGAGGGCUAGUAGCCUCAGGUGGACAUGCCACAGCCAUCAAAAAAGCUAUAGCAAAUGAAGAUCUAGGUCAUCUGGAUGUCAGCAUGGCAGCCACAAACCUGGAGAACCAGUUGCACAGUGCACAGAAGAACCUCCUGUUCCUUCAGCGGGAGCACGCCAGCACGCUCAAGGGGCUGCACGCUGAGAUCAGGCGGCUGCAGCAACAUUGCACAGAUUUAACGUAUGAGCUGACACUCAAAAGUUCGGAUCAGACAGGAGACGGAUCUUCUAGAAGCAGUGAACUCAAGAAAAGAUGUGAAGACCUGGAGGCUCAGCUGAAGCUGAAGGAAGAGGAGAACAACGAGCUGCUGAAAGAGCUGGAGCAGAAGAACGCGAUGAUCGCGGUGCUGGAGAACACCAUCAAGGAGAGGGAGAAGAAGUACCUGGAGGAGCUGAAGGUGAAGAGCCACAAGCUGGGUAUGCUGACCAGCGAGCUGGAGCAGCGCGCCAGCACCAUCGCCUACCUGACCUCCCAGCUGCACGCCACCAAGAGGAAGCUCCUGAGCUCCAGCGGGACCUCGGACGGCAGCCCAUCAGGCAGCCCGGUGCUGGCUAGCUACAAGCCGGCCCCGCCCAAGGACAAGCUGCCCGAGACGCCCCGCCGCCGUAUGAAGAAGAGCCUCUCGGCCCCGCUGCACCCCGAGUUCGAGGAGGUCUACCGAUUCGGGGCCGAGAGUCGGAAACUCCUUCUGCGGGAGCCGGUGGACGCCAUGCCCGACCCCACGCCGUUCCUGCUGGCCAGGGAGUCGGCCGAGGUCCACCUCAUCAAGGAGCGGCCCCUUGUCAUCCCGCCCAUCGCCUCGGACCGCAGCGCAGGCGAGCAGCACAGCCCCGCCCGCGAGAAGCCGCACAAGGCGCACGUGGGCGUGGCGCACCGCAUCCACCACGUGACCCCGCCGCAGGCCCCGCCCGAGGUGGAGACGCUGGCGGUGGACCAGGUGAACGCAGGGCAGCCUGUCUGGAGCAGCCCUGCUCCCUCCUGGAGACCCGGUAACCUCCUGACACCCUCUCCCCGGGCGGCACCGAUAACCGAGCAGCUGUAUGUGUUUUGUCACAGGAACUAAAUAAGAUGACGUUACUCCUCAUUAUCACCACGACCUGAAUGUGUGCUCAUAUUUUUUGUUAGUUUAUCCAAAAUGUUCAAGAUCCCAACAAACUUUAUUUUCUAAACCUGC